ACACAGCUAAGGAACAUCAACCAGUUUACAGAGCUCUGAAAGCAGAGAGCUAAAGAGCCGGGAGUCGUGUCAACGGUGAAGUACAGAUGCAGCAGCCGUGAAUAUUAGUUGAAUUAGCCACAUUGCUCGCCUCAAUACCUGAGGACCAACUCAGUGGCAACUGGCCUGCCGUCGCUAUGGCAACCCGAGUGGUGAUGCAGCCGCAGCCAAUGGUGCUCCUCCCUCAGGCCCCGACCUGGAGUACAGGCCUCUUCCACUGCUUCCAGGACAUGAACAUCUGUUGCCUGUACUUCUGGUGCUUCUGGUGCAUGACGUGCAACACGGCGCAGAAGUUUGGGGAGUGCGUGUGUCUCCCCCUGCUGGACCUCAUAGCCUCGUUCACAUUGGCCUACUUCUACAUCCCCAUGUGUGUGCCCCCGAUCGGCCUCUCUGCCCGCGUCUCCGUCCGCCAGAGAUACGGCAUCCCGGGCAGCAUCAGUGAUGACUGUCCCAAGGCCACGUUCUGCAGCGCGUGUUCCUGGUGUCAGAUUGCGCGUGAGAUCAAACUGCGGAGCAAGCCCUGCUCCAUCGUCACCCACCAACCAGCCGCUGUGCAGCAGCAAGCCCCGCCCCCCGUCCAGGCCAACCUACCUAUGGGAGCGUAUUACCCGCCCAGCUACUCCGCCUCCCCGCCCAAUCCCACUGUGAUCGUCGUGAAGUAGGAGGGCUUGGCCAGGCCCUCUACACGGGUGUAAUGCUGUAUAACUCAUACUCAGGAAUUAUGAUUGUGAUGAUUAUGAUCAUACAGUGCUGUCCAAAAGUCACCAGAGAUUUAUUUUAUAUACAUAUACAGUCUUCAAUGUUUGUUUUUUGUUUCGUUUUUUUCCAAAAAAAUGUGUUCCAGAGUUUUGUAUUUCAUCAAAUAAAAGUAAGAUGUUAAGUAACAGA